AUGACUUCACUUACAUCCUGUUUCGGAUAUGCCCCCAACAUUUUUAAAGCGAUGUCUGACACGACUCCGGAGCACACGGGCAGCUACUGCAACACGGACAUUUUCAGAGCUCAAUGUCCAGAAGGAUGGGUGGUCAUGAUGACGUCAGCCUGGUACGGCAGGAUGAAGAUCGGCAAGUGCGUGAAGUUCCAGAUAGGAUCAGGCAGUUGCGGGAGAGACGUUCUUCUGCUUGUUGAUCGCAGGUGUUCAGGCAAGCGAAUGUGUGAUAUCAGAAUUCCAGACGCCGAGUUGGAAAGCUCCAAACCCUGUGGCAAAGAGUUGAAAAAUUAUCUCGAAGCUAGUUAUGUCUGCCUCAGAGUCGAGACUGUGACCAGCGACGAAUGCCAGUCAAGCACGAACCUGCAGGUCACUUUUGCGUCGGGUUACCUGGGCAGCAUCAUCAACUCUGACACUCCCCAUUGCGACGGGGCAUAUCAUCCUUGGGUAAUCAAAGGUCAGCCCGGACAAAGGGUCAACCUGACACUUUAUGACUUUGCCUUAGAUGCUGCUACGUUCGUUGCUUCAAUUUAUAAAGGCUAUUUCCACGAUGUUCAACAGCGCUCCUCAAUGAUUUUUGCAAUAGAUGAAGAAGAAGUCAGAGAAGGAGUUAAAGAGUUCCAAAGAAAAAUAUAG